UGCACAGAGUUGCUCUGCUUAUUUUCAGACGUGUGCAUGUUGUGCAAGCGGCACAUCUUUAAAGUUAGUUCAGUUUGUUUAGAUCAUCAUUUUCAACACAAGCCUCUCAUGCUUAAAGCUAGAAGACCCUUUCCUUGUCUAUUUUGUGUUUUUUUGCUGACUUUUCUGCCUCUGACACUGGCUGUCAUCUGAGCUCAACUUCAUUAAAGCAGGCUCUUGAAAGGUUUCCAAAGUUUUUCCACUUUACACUUUCAGAUGGCGGCGCUGUACCUCAUUGUGCUUCUGUUGCUUCAGUGUGGACUGUUGCGUGCAGCUGAACCUCAGAGUUCUCAGAACCUGAAAUGUUCUGCUCUUGCUGGAGUACCAGGCACUCCUGGACAAAACGGUCUGCCUGGAAAAGACGGUAGGGAUGGAAAAGACGGGGCCAUUGGGCCUAAAGGAGAGAAAGGAGAUCCAGGAAUGGGUGCACAAGGGCCACCAGGUUCUGCAGGAGUACCUGGCCCACCUGGACCCAAAGGUCGGGUUGGUUCUCCUGGUUUUCCUGGUUUAUCAGGUCUUCCUGGAAUUGUCUCAAUGUCCCUCAAAUCUGAGAUCCAGCAGCUAACUACCAAAAUUGCCUUGAUGGAAAAAGCUUCAGGUUUUACUAAAUUUAGAAAGGUUGGGCAGAAAUAUUACGUUUAUGACGGCCUUGAGGAGAGCUUUGAUCAGGGGAUUCAAUUUUGCAAGGCAGCUGGUGGAACGAUGGCUUUGCCAAAAGAUGAUGCUGAAAACCAAGCUUUGUUAAGAUUAUCUGUUGCCAGUGGUUUAAGUGGUAAGAAGGUGUUCAUUGGACUCACAGACAGACAAAGAAAAGGGCAGUUUGUGGACCUCGAUGGACAGCUCUUGACUUUUACCAAGUGGGAUUUAGAUCAGCCUGAUGACUAUGAGGGACAUGACUGUGGUACCCUCAUAGUGGAUUCUGGGAAUUGGGAUGAUGUUGGUUGUAGUGAUCCACGUCCUGUCAUAUGUGAAAUAGAAACCUGAUAGAGUGUGACACAAUCUUAUGCACUAUUGAAAUGUGUAUGUGUGGGACGGAUGUCCAUUUAGAGCAUUUGGAGCUCUCUCCAAAAUAUUAAAACCUUACUAUUCACUCUACAUUUGUUUAUUUGUCUGCAUAUAACCAUGUUUUCCAUUAUCAUCGUUUUUAACAUGUGUACCAAGCAUUAUAACAUUAUUUGUUGCAUGCCCUAUGUUAUGACAUAUGUUCAUCUGUUCUUUUCGAUGUUCUUAUCGAAUUAUCCUUUUAAUCAUUUAUGUUUUGUUUGCUUGGUUGGACGGAUUAUUCGGAUUCUAGACCUUUGCCUGUUUUUUUGACCAUCCCCUUUUUGGACUGUUGUUUAAUAAACUUCUGCACAUGGUUGUUCAA